AUUGUGACAGCAGUGAAGUUUUUACAGAACCCACGAGUCCGCCAAAGUCCUAUUGCAAGCAGAAGAGCAUUUCUGAAGAAGAAAGGCCUGACAGAUGAAGAAAUUGACCUGGCUUUCCAGCAGUCAGGCACAAGCACGGAUGAGCCACAGUCCCCAGGUCCUUCUACACAAGUGGUGCCAGCUCAGCCCUCUCACCCGGUGGUGUAUAGUCCACCUGGCUCCAGAUGGCGAGAUUAUGGAGCUUUGGCUAUUAUAAUGGCAGGAAUUGCCUUUGGGUUCCACCAGCUGUACAAGAAAUACCUGCUUCCUCUCAUCAUGGGAGGCAAAGAAGACAGGAAACAACUUCAGAGGAUCGAGUCAAACAUCGCUGAGAUGAGUGGCAGUGUGACACAGACAGUGACUCAGUUACAGACAACUUUAGCAGCUGUCCAGGAGCUGCUAAUCCAGCAGCAACAGAAAAUCCAGGAGCUCACCCAAGAACUGGCUGCUUCUAAGGCCACAACUUCCACCAACUGGAUCCUGGAGUCACAGAAUAUUAAUGAAUUGAAAUCUGAGAUCUACUCAUUAAAAGGACUUCUCCUGAACCGGAGGCAGUUCCCUCCCUCCCCUUCGGCUCCCAAGAUCCCAUCAUGGCAGAUCCCAGUGAAGCCAAGCUCACCCUCCAACCCUGUUGUUGCCAACCAUAAUAGCAGCAGUGACAUCUCCCCUGUCAGCAACGAGUCUACCACCUCAUCACCAGUGAAGGAGAACCACAGCCCUGAGGGCUCAAAGGUCAGCUGCCAUCUGCUGAGCACAGAGGAGGGCAACAAGGCAGUGAUCGACGUCAAGAGCCAAGUGCGGAUGGAGGUGCAGGGGGAGGAGGAGAAAAGGGAAACCAAAAGGAAUGACGAGGAGGAAGAGGACGAUGAGGAUGAUGACGUUAGCCAUGUGGAUGAGGAGGAAUGUCUGGGUGUCCAGACUGAGGACCGGCGAGGAGGGGAUGGUCAGAUUAAUGAGCAAGUAGAAAAGCUACGAAGACCUGAGGGGGCCAGCAAUGAGAAUGAGAUUGACUAAGACACCCUGGCUUCUGCUGCUGCUGCUGCUGUACAUCUUCCCUAGGUUCCUGCACUGUCCCCGGUGCCUCUCCCAUUUUGAGGGGAGAAGUGCCACCGUCCCCUCCCAUGAUCCUCCCAUGACUGACCUUGAGCAGGGUCAUGAUUGCCCAGUGAACAAGGUGGGCCCUGUUUCACCACAGGGCUUUGCAGCGUUGCAGUGGCUUCUUCUCCCCUCCCAGGCCUUCUUCCCAUGAGCUGGGGUCACUGCCUAGGCUGGAAGACCAAUCGCCUUACCAUGCACCACAGCUAGAGAAUCAGUUCUCUUACAAAACCACCAUCUCUCCCAAAGCAGCCAAUCUCUUCGCUGCAUCCUAGAGUCCUUCUAGCCAAUUUCAGAAACCAAUCUGUCCUGAGCUCUUUGAUUUCACAAGCCUUUAAUCCCC